ACCUGGGCAGGUGUCCAAUAACCACGUCUCUGAGUGGAGUUCACCAAACAAACAGCCGGGAAAAUGCACGAGGUAUGUAAGGGUCAUUAAUGGCCUCCGUCUCUCGCUGUGCUUUGGCUGCACCUACAACAAAGUAAAACAGUUGCAAAGAAUAUGGUAUCUGAUGAACAUGGCAUAGGUGUUCUUAUCAUAUACAGAUUGGUUGUAGCGUCUGGGUUGUUUGUCUCAAUCAACAUCAGAGGAUACAGUUUUAGCAUCUAGAGGAUGAACGGUGUGACAGGAUGUUGUGAGAAAUGCUGAAUGUAUUUUUGUUGGGUGUAAGAGAUCACAUGCAUGAAUAUUAUAAAUGACAAACUAUCAUCUUCAAUUAUAGUUUCAUUUAUUGGUAUUAAGAAUGAAACAGCUGAAAUAAGUUUACAACCCAAAGGGACCAGAACUUUGCCUCAUAAUCAAUGUAUAUAUUACAUGAAGAGCUUAAUCAUACACAUCCGCUUUAUUGCUCAGUUUUCUUUAUUUUUAGUGCGUGGGGUCAGUUAGAGGUAAGGAAGGACUGUAUUCUGGCUGCUCGAUACCUGUGUGGACGAUGUUACCUGUAAAUGAUCUCCGUGGGUUUCCUAUCCUUGUCAUUUGGGAAAAGAAUUAAAUGAAAAAUGGUACGCCCAUGACAAAUGGCCUGUGAACUGUGGUGGCCGGACGUCGUGCGAUGCUAAAAAUACCUGCCCCUCGUGGGAGUGUGAGCUGCCUGGGAAGGUCGGUGCAAGGACCGAUUAAACCGAACGAACACGGAACUGGCCAACAUUUUUUAGAUGCAUAGCCAGAGAAGCCUGGGAAACGGAUUCCCAGGACAAUUUUUCCAUACCCAAGUGCUUCCUUGUUUAGAGGGGCAAACAUUUUUUUUCCUGAUUCCUAACAUUUUAGUCCUUACUCCUUGUGUGUAGAAAUAUUGGGUAAAGAGAAAUUAAGUCUAUAAAAAUGUGCCAAAGAUCAUCGCGGGGUAACAUUAGGGUAAAACAGCGUUCUGCCAUUCUGUUUCUCUGUCUCUCUCUCUCUGACUCUCUGUGCUCUUCGGAAGCCUGAUUAAAAGCUCCCCAUUCUCACCAACCUCGAGUUGCUCUCAUUAAUUCCGAUGGCGAGGAAUGUGGAGAGCAAGCCUGUAUGCCGGCUAAAUAAUGCAGUAACGAUUUAUUACCCCACGAGAGAAUUUUCGCCGGUGAUAGUGUGUGUUUCUUGGUGCCAGCUGACGUCACUCUCUUGCCAUGUAAUGUAAAUGAAUGCGAGACGGGGUCAUUUGUUUGGAUCCCAUGCUGAGAAUAGAUACUGAUGCUUACAUGAGACCUAAGCUGCCACUCAGAAUCGUGGACCUGAUUAUGUGCAGCCUAUUGAAGGAAUUUACAGGCUCUUUGAACAUAUUCUGUAGCUCUAGCAUAUGUGCAUCAGGAAAUAAUUUUUCCUUUGACAAAACAGACAUAAAUGCAAUGUGAUUAUUGAACUAAAGUGAGUUCCUAAGUGGUCUCCUUUUUAGGGUUUUGAUUUAAAUACUUCAACAGUGAAGCAGUCUUGAGGGGGCGUUGGGCAUUUAACCCUUCGUUUUCUUGAUAGUGGGAUAAGCAGCAUUUCCACCAUGCAUGAGUUACCGUGUGUAGCCUCAUUUUGUUAUUUGUGGUGAUUCUUAAUGGCCUAAUGGUUUGUCCUUUAUUUGCCCUGAAACUCUCAUCUCACUGGAGGGUUACUUGUGAAUGGUACAACUUUGACAUGACAGAUGCUACCUACAAACACAACCUCUCAGCGAAAUUCAGAAUAAAUGAGAACCGAAGUCCUCUGGGACCUCGGACCGUAGAUAACAGAGAAAUGCCAGAUGCCAGGAGACAUCUGUGCCAGGUUCUUCUCCAAUAGCACCAAGCCAAUAAGCUGCAUGCCAGGUCUGGAUUGGCCAGUGCCUACCAAAUACCCACUGUACAGCUACAUCCUGGUGGAAUUCUUUAUCGAUUUGUUAUGCCUUAUAUAGUAACUGAUACAGAUAAUAAUAACUGGAUGGCCAGUGUCUCUAAAAAUGUGAUUGGUAAUGUGUAUGUCUUCUAGACAACUAGUAGACCAGGCGUCACCAACAUGGUGGCCGCGGGCACCAGGAUACCCCCAAGGACCACAUGAGUUUCCCGGGGACCCGUUCUAAAAAUAGCACAACUCACCAGUGAGCAGCGUCUAAAAUUUAAUUUUAUCCUGUUGCUAUUCUUCUUUAAUCACAUUUGCAUUUAUGUGGAUCUGAAAAUGACUAUAUCUAAAAAAAAAAUUUAGAACAUGUUUAUUAUACAUGAAGUUUAGAUAAGUUUAGGAGGGCGUUUCAAACUGGCAGCCCUUCGUAUGGCUCAGCACCCAUGAAGUAGCUCUCAGUUUCAAAAAUUUUGGUGACCCCUGAUGUGGACCAUUAAAAGACUCAUGGUGACAGGCUAUUUGUCAUGUUCAAGAAAGUCAAACAUAUAUCAGUCAACAUGAAUCUAUUUAACUGCUCGACAUUUUCAGAUUUUCUGAUAUAUAAUUAGCUUUGGUUACCAAUGUGCGUAGAUGGGUUUGGGGAAAAGUCUUUAAGCUCAGUUUCCAUCGGGGGAUCGUUUAAACAUUUUAUGCCAGGCUGAACUGUCAUUUUUGAAGCAUAUGCAAAAUUUAUCACAGUAUUUUAUAGCCCAGGGUCAUUCCCCUUGGCUGACUGGUGAAGACGCUGCUUCAUGUAUAUACACUACAUGCAGAUUUAUUUAUAAAAUUUGCAUUUGUGUUUUCAAAUAUGUAAACAGUCGAUGAUGGACAGAUGACAAAACAAAUUGUACAAGAUAAUUCCCUUGUUUUACCCGUCAUGUAUCCAAUCAUAAAGCUAUAUUUCAUUGACUUGGUUUGUAAUAUACAUUUUUAUAUCAUCUAAGAAAUUCCCAGUGCUUUGAAAAAUAGUCAGUUAUAAAAAUGUAUUUAAACUACCAAAAAAACAAGUAAUAACACAUUAUGAUACGUCAUAUGAUCCAUGAGAAUGAGAUACAAAUAGUUACAAUGAAAUCCAAUCGAUUUUGAAUGACAAACCCCAUUUUUUAAGCCCAAUGUCUAAUGUGGGGACAUUGUGGGGGUUGUUUGGUUGAGUUGCCUGUCAGUCACCUCAAGGGCAAUCCUCUUCCUCUUCUCCUCGGUUUUGCAGGCUGGAUGAGCAUGCAGUUGCGCUGGGUCAACACUUAUCAAACCAAGAGAAAGCAGACUCCUGGCGCGACUGGGCAGCUCGAAGUCCUCCCAGACGUGGCAGCUCCGCUCGCGAUGAAAACAAGCAGCCACUCCGGAGACUGCAGGAAGGAGAGUGCUUCAGAUCACACUGUGGAGUCUACAGAAGCAGGCCCUUUUAUGGUUCGCAGACUCUCCUGCCGCUCAGUCCAGCUUCCCCCGCUGGCCUUCCGACAGUCAGAGCAGCACUCCAGCGACAGGAAAACUGAAUCAGAGCACGUGGUUCCCCGCCCCACUACGCUGUCCCUACGGACACCUCCUGUGAUUGCUAUCACAACCGCAGAAACCACCAGCUUCGACGUGGACAAUGGCACGUCGUCGGGCCGCAGCCCCCUGGAUCCUAUGGCCAGUCCCGGCUCAGGGCUCAUCCUCCAGGCCAACUUCGUACACGGCCAGCGGCGGGAAUCCUUUUUAUACCGCUCCGACAGCGAUUAUGAGCUGUCCCCCAAGUCCAUGUCCAGAAACUCCUCCAUCGCCAGUGACAUACAUGGAGACGACAUGAUUGUAACGCCGUUUGCUCAGGUGCUGGCUAGUUUGAGAACCGUGAGAAAUAACUUUGCUGCAUUAACCAAUUUACAGCAGGAUAGAGCCUCGAGCAAGCGGUCGCCCAUGUGUAACCAACCACCAAUCACCAAGCCAUCCUUCACAGAGGAGGCCUACCAGAAGCUGGCCACCGAGACCCUGGAGGAGCUGGACUGGUGCCUGGACCAGCUGGAGACGCUGCAGACCAGGCACUCCGUCAGCGAGAUGGCCUCCAACAAGUUCAAGAGGAUGUUGAAUCGAGAGCUUACGCACCUGUCUGAAAUGAGCAGAUCGGGGAAUCAGGUCUCCGAGUUCAUAUCCAGCACAUUUUUAGACAAGCAACACGAGGUAGAGAUGCCCUCCCCUCAAACACAGAAGGACAAGGACAAAAAGAAGAGGCCUAUGUCUCAGAUCAGUGGGGUCAAGAAGCUGAUGCACAGCUCCAGCCUGACCAACUCCAACAUCCCCCGCUUCGGUGUGAAGACGGAGGCCGAGGACCUGCUGGCCAAGGAACUUGAAGAUGUAAACAAAUGGGGCCUUAAUGUUUUCAAAGUCACGGAAUUCUCUGGAAAUCGGCCUUUAACAGUUUUGAUGUACACGAUUUUCCAGGAAAGGGACUUGUUAAAAACAUUCAAAAUUCCAUUAGAUACAUUUAUAACAUAUUUAAUGACCUUAGAAGACCAUUACCAUGGAGAUGUUGCAUAUCAUAACAAUAUUCAUGCUGCUGAUGUCACACAGUCCACCCAUGUGCUGCUAUCUACCCCUGCUUUAGAGGCUGUGUUUACCGACUUAGAGAUCCUUGCUGCCAUUUUUGCUAGUGCUAUUCAUGACGUGGACCACCCUGGUGUCUCCAAUCAGUUCCUCAUCAACACCAACUCUGAGCUGGCUCUCAUGUACAAUGAUUCGUCUGUGUUGGAGAACCACCACCUGGCUGUAGGCUUCAAGCUACUUCAGGAAGAAAACUGUGACAUCUUCCAGAAUCUCACCAAAAAACAGAGACAAUUAUUGCGCAAGAUGGUCAUCGAUAUUGUCCUUGCUACUGAUAUGUCCAAACACAUGAAUCUCUUGGCUGACCUAAAGACUAUGGUGGAAACCAAGAAAGUUACCAGUUCUGGAGUCCUGCUUUUAGAUAACUAUUCAGAUAGGAUUCAGGUUCUGCAGAACAUGGUCCACUGUGCAGACCUGAGCAACCCCACCAAGCCCUUGCAGUUGUAUCGGCAGUGGACCGACCGCAUCAUGGAGGAGUUCUUCAGCCAGGGUGACCGUGAGCGGGAGCGAGGCAUGGAGAUCAGCCCCAUGUGUGAUAAGCAUACGGCUUCAGUGGAGAAGUCCCAGGUGGGCUUCAUCGACUACAUAGUGCACCCUCUCUGGGAGACGUGGGCCGACCUUGUGCACCCUGAUGCCCAGGACAUCCUGGAUGCACUAGAGGACAACCGUGAGUGGUACCAGAGUACCAUACCCCAGAGCCCAUCACCUGCCCCCGACGACACUCUGGAGGGACGACCCGGGGGUGCCGACAAAUUCCAGUUCGAGCUGACGCUCGAGGAGGACGGCGAGUCAGACACUGAGAAGGACAGCGGCAGUCAGGCUGAGGAAGAUGAGGAGGAAGAGGACAACAGUUGCAGCGACUCUAAAACACUUUGUACUCAGGACUCCGAGUCCACCGAGGUCCCCUUGGAUGAACAGGUGGGGGAGGAGGAAGAGGAGGAGGAAGGAGCCUCCUCUGAGCCUUGCGUUGUAGAAGAGGAAGGAGAGGAGGAGGAGGUAGAAGAAAAGCCUGCAGACACAUAACAGUGUGGAAAGGCAUCUAAAACUUUGAGAUUUAUUAACAAAUAGAUAAUAUUUAUAAUUAUAGACUUCUUUUGGUUCUGUUCCUUGUUUUUUUUCCUCCAUUAAUGUUCCAAAGCGCACGUUGCACUCCACAACCCUGGUCAGACCUCACCUCCCUUUACUCAUGUCAGCUUGCUGGUACUGCUACCACUUUGCACUCAGGACUCUUCUCGAUUUAUUUGGAUUGUAGGUCUGCUAGUUCAUGCUUUCUUUGCUCUGGAUCGGUUACUGGUUACUACAAAGUCAUCUGAAAGGUGUUUUUCCCCUUCUCCACUGCAAUUCCCCCCCCUAUAUCAUUCACCAAAAUGGACCUUUCUGAUCAGGAUUACACCACAUCUGUGAACAAGGGAUGGAUUUUCUUUUUUUUGUGGGGGGGGGGGUGAUCUUGAUUCGAACCAGAAAGUCAAUGUCUGGUGAGAAAAAAAAAUGGCAUCUUCCACAUCCCUGCUUGUGAAGAAGGCUAGGGAGAAGGGGGGUGGGUCUGGUGGGAUGGGGUUGUGCAGAGUAAUCCAGUUUCUGAAGUUCAUGUCUUCCUUGAAAACCUGCUGAAAAGGCUGAAGUCUCACACAGUGGCACAUGUAUUCUGCAGUCAUCCGUUUGUUUUAUGUAGGUUUUUGUUUUGAGAGCAACAUUUAGAAAUCUUAUAAGGAGAAGUAAUAGACUUCAUCUGAUACUGCUGUUGGUGUCCAGUCACUUUCAUCUGUGCUGUCUGACCUUCUGGGAGGUCUUUGCACUGUGUGGAUCUUAAUCGCUCCUCUGCAAAGCUCACAGCUCCAACAUUACCAUCUUUGGUUUAAGUUUUGGUUAAUUUUUACUUUAGCAAUUUGUGAAUGACAGUGGUUUUUGGAAGAAGUGACAUGGUUAUCAUGAAACUAUUCAAAACACACUUUUUCUUUGUGCUGGCCUUCAGAAAGAUUUCCUUUUUUUGCCUAAACAGAACAUUAUCACAUUUGUGUUUUAAGGACAGCACAAAGCCUACAUUGCUAAUUUUAAAAAGCAUUAUUUGUGAAGUUUGCAUUUUCAAAUGACCGAUUUUGUGUAUACCAUAACCACUCUGUGUUACAUGCUAAAGCAUUUUCAGUGUACAUGAAUCUGUUACAAACUUUUUUUGAAUGUAUGUAUGUACGCAUUAUUAUUAUUAUUAUUGUUAUUAUUAUUAUUAGUGUUAACAGUAGUAUUGAUAGUAGUAGUCAGUACCUCUGAAUCACAAUCAGAUUGUAUUGAUUUUAAUUCUGCUUAAUUCUUUUUCUGCAUUUAAAAUAGGGUCGUACACAAGACAAUCAGCUUCAUAGUGUAGUCUCAGGGCAAGCAGCGUUAGCUUAAUCAGUGCGCUGGCUCUAUCCAUUUCAUGCUUAUAAUUAUUAUUAUUUAUAACACAUUUGCCAAAACUGCACUGCACAAGGCUUCAGACAGCCUGAAAACACCCUGUCUCUUGUCCUUCCUGUUCCUACAGUCAUGAUUUCUCUCACUGAUGCAUCCUCUGUUUUGUUGUGUCGCUGUUUUUCGCCACAGUCAGUGUAGCGGUACCAGGAGAUUUACGUUGUAGCAUGAGAGCAGUGUGCGAGAAGCUCGCUGGCGACCCCAAAACGCCUCAUCUGGUGAGAGGAUGUACAUAGACAGUGAAGCAUCCCUUUCUGUUUCUGUUAGGUGAAACUUGAAAGAGUAAAGCUGGCCUUGAUGGUACAUACAUUGACAAAAUGUUAUUUUAACGUUUUUAUUACUCAUUAUUAUUUUAGCAUUCGAUUUGUAUCUUUUUUUGUGCCAAGCCUUUGCCCCCCUCACCAGAUGACCUUAUCUGUAGAGUUUUUCUUUUGUCUGUUUACAAACAUGUAUUUAUUGUGCUGUACAGAUGAUUAUAAUGUUUAUUGUAAAUGACUGAUUCUUACUCUAUCAUCCCUAAUGGCGAUGGUGUUGCUGUAUUAUGUAACUCUUGUUGAGAGAAUGUUUAUUAUGUGUAUUCAGUGUAAAUUUGAUCUUCAGUAAUAUUUCACCUGAGCAUUGGCAUAGAUACCAUUGGGGGGAACAUGAAUCACAUUCGACUGGAAAAAAAAACACACAGUUGCUGGGAAUUAGCUGCCUUCGUUGUUUAGUUUUUUUUUUUUUAAUAGCAGUGUAAUGUGGUUCUGUCCUGUUCCUGCUGAAUACAGAAAAAAACCCUAUAAUGUGGGUUUUGGAAUUAUAAACUUUUAAUUUAAAAAGAGAGAAGGGGGCUACUAAGGACAUCCCUCUAAAUACCCCCGCCACCACCCGUUUCUCCACCUGAGAGUUUGUGUGUGAUGGAGCAGUGAACAGGCCAAACAGUACAAGAGCUGCAGUCCCUUGGGCCCAGGGCUGUGCCUUAACUUUAAAUUCUGUUUUCCUUCGCAUAUUCUGUCAGUCCUGUUUCUCCUCUUCCUCCUUUUUUUUUCACCGCAUCGCCGGCUGCGUUGGCUUGACCCCCGAGCCGCACGCUCCAUCUGAGGGCAGCACACCGGAAACAGUCAUGUUCAGAUGUCAUUCUGGUCGUCGCCAUGUUGCUCAGGCUGAACUAUAUGGCGGGAGACGAAAACAGCCAAUGAUUUUUAUUUUUGUUUUUCACCCACACCUGAUUGCCACCAGAUGUAGUAUGCAACACGGUGUAUGCAAUAAGAAAGCCCCUCUGCAUGGGUUGCGUCUAGAGUGGGGGAGAAGGGGUUGGAAAUGAUGGGGUUUGGGCAGGUGAGGAGCUGGGAACUCGCCUGAGCAGCCCCGAGGUCUACGGAAACCAGCCUGCCGUUUCAUGCGGUUCGGAGUGCUAUUAUGACAGCAGUUCUCCUUUGAUCAGCCCUGUAGAUAUUUGCACAUACCAAGAAGGGGGUGUCUUUUAAAACUCAACAAAGGCUCUUUUUGACACGCAUACUGUAGAUUUUAGCAGCCCUGGAUCAUCGGAAUUGGUGACUUUUUAUUCUUAUUUUUUUUUGUUUGGUUUUUAUUUUUUUAUGGUAUAAAAGGUUACAUGAAAUGUAAUUGUAAAAGACUUCAGAACAACAGUUAUUUUUUCUAUGGGUUAUGUCUUUAGAAUGCCAACUUGUCUGGAAGUUUCACAAGACAAUUCCACAAUUAUUUUAAAGGAUUCCUUGUCUCUUACAGUCUAUUGGAUAGUACUGUAGAUUACGAACCUUCAGUAAAAAAUAAUAAUAAAUGAAAAGUGAAAAAAAAAAACAUUUUUACAUACAACAGAAAUAAAAGCAUGGGUUGACUCUGCCUAA